AUUAGAGACACGGUGCAGGGAGAAACACAGAGCUAGCAUUGACAGCGUGUGAAAGAGGCAGAGUGAGUGAGCGUGCUACUGUUUCUGAAGCCGGCACAGAUUCUAUACUGCUUCACGUUUGGACCCGGGGGCCCAGAAUGAACCACAGCACAGCAGAACAGAGACCAGAACCCAUUGAGCCUCUCAAAUACCUGAGUAAGAAGGAGGCGGCUGUCAUUGAGAAAGAGCUGCUGAAGGAAUAUCGAUUCGGGCAACAGCAGCUCAUCGAGAUCUGGGGCCACGCCUGCGCGCUCGCCAUCACCAAGGCGUUUCCUCUGAGUGCCUUCUCUAAGAAGCAGCCCACAGUGCUGGUCAUUUGUGGCCCGGAGCAGAACGGGUCGGUGGGUCUGGUGUGUGCCAGGCACCUGCGGAUCUUUGAGUAUGAGCCCACUAUCUUCUACCCCAAGAGGACCCAGAUCACAAUUUACCAGGACUUCACCACCCAGUGUGAGAAGAUGGACAUCCCCUUCCUCUCCUACCUGCCCACCGAGGUGCAGUUGAUAAAUGAUGCCUACAACAUUGUUAUUGAUGCCAUCCUGGGCACAGAGUCGGAUCAGGGAGGGGAACAGGAGCCCUUCACCAGCAUCCUGAGCACGCUGAAACAAGUGAAGAUCCCCAUCGCCAGCGUGGACGUGCCCUCAGGCUGGGAUGUGGAUAAGGUGAACGCAGACGGGAUCACCCCUGAGGUCCUCAUCUCCCUGAACGCCCCCAAGAAAUGUGCAAAGGGCUUCUCCGGAAAACACUUCCUCGCGGGACGAUUUCUACCAUACGAUAUCCAGAAGAAGUUCGACCUGAACCUGCCGGAGUUCCCCGGGACCGACAGCCUGGUGCAGCUGUAACCCAGACACACAGACAGACACACGGACAGCCAUGUAUAUAGAUCUAUUUAACUAUGAAUGAGUUGAAAAAACAGUAGCUUUUAAACAGAUAUACGUAUUUUUAUUUUACUGUACAGAGGCUAUGAUGUACAGGGUUCUUCUAAAAGACAGGAACACUAGUGCGUUCAGCCCCCCUCCUGAGUUUUUUAAAAAAGCCCUGUACAGU